UUAUCGUUGAGUGUGCAGCAGUUGUUAAAAUCUCUGCCCCGUGUUAUGUCAGGCAGUGGCAGUAUUGAGUGCAUUAGCUCAGUACUGUUACAGCCCUGCUGUUUGAUUCAUUACCAUUUUACUACCGCAGAACUGAAACAGACAGAAGAAGGAUGGCAGCAACGAUCGCAUUUACUCAACUCUGAUUCAACAACAACCCCCCCCCCCGAAAAGCAUCAAAUCCCUUCACGGAUCAACUCGCUUUACGGUAGCCGAGGUUACGGGAUAAACCACGAGCAGCGAGCGGCAAGGAUUUUACAGGAACGGUCGUUUUAUUUUGUGUGUAACAUCUUGAUUUUUGUCAAGUCCCGGACUUCAGAGGGAGAUAGAGAAGCCAUGGACUAUUCAGUCACGGGCAGCUCGGUCCUGAUUAAUCUGCAGCGAUAACCUUCUAGGGGAAAGAAACAGCUUUAUUUAACAAAACUGGACGCCAACCACCAUCACCAGCCACCACCACACUGGUCGCAAAAGUGGGGAUUUUAUCCGGCGGGUCGAAUUUCCUAGGCACAUUUGUCGGACUUGUACGAAUUAGCCUGGACUCCGCACACCGGAGACGCCAUUUUCCCCUUGAUCUUAUUUUAAUGCUAGUUAUUUGACAGCUUGUGAUGACAUUGCUGCGGCACCUUUGGGGCUUUUUACCAGGAUAUUAAUUCGGGAUCUGUAUAGAAACACCUCAUCUCUGAAAAUGGUAGAAAAUACUAGCUGCCAUACAAGUCUUGAAGAGUUUGAAUUGAUGCAGCUGUAAAUUCUUUACUUUGCUAGAGUUUACAGUUUGGAUUCAGUACUCUCUCCUGCAAAAUUUAUUGCAGUUGCUAUGGAGCAAAGAGAAAACCCUGUUGGUUCCAGGCAGAAGGAUGCUGAAACAAAUUUCACAUCAGUUAAUGCUGCUAAAGCAACUGUCAUUUCCAGCUGCCCUCGUGGAGUUAUAAUGCCUGCUUCUGGAACAGGGAAAAGUGUUAACAUGAAUGGGGAGAAAGCAGAUGAAGAAGAGGAUGACCCAGGGUCCUUGAGGGAUGUAGACUCAAAUUCAAAUGCUGACAGUGAAAAGUGGGUGCCAGGGGAUGGUCUAGAGGAGCAUGAAUUUUCAAUCAAAGAAGCAAACUUUACUGAAGGAAGUCUUAAACUGAAGAUACAGACUACUAAAAGGGCCAAGAAACCACCUAAAAAUCUGGAGAACUAUAUCUGUCCUCCUGAGAUUAAAAUCACUAUCAAGCAGUCGGGUGAGCAAAAAGCUGCAAAACCUGGGAAGACUAGUAAAGCUGGAAAAGAAGAAGAUAGAGGACACGCAAAAAGGAAGACAUAUGAGAGACAGCAUAAGCAUGUGGAUGUCCAUUGUGGUGAGCCGCAUCUUUGUCAGGAUCCUCAGCAAGACAUUAGAGCGGAUGGUAUGAAACCAGCUGAAUACCAGCAGAAAAAUAAUCAGCAUCUUCAUGACUGGCCAGUGAGUUUAACAACAUCUUCCACUUCUCACAACAGCAAUGCAGACACUAGCUCCCACCAUGAGACAGCUAAUCUUGCCAAAAGUCUUACUCCAGAUCAAAGUAGCACUUUUGCUAAGUCACACCUGAAAAAGGCCAGUGUGAACAACACUUGGGGACAGUUUACCAAUAGCAGUACAGGAAUUACAGCUUCCAGUGUAGUUAUUCCGACAAACAACAUCAUAGUUCCUCCAGUUAUACCUUCAGUUAGUCAGCCAGAUUGCUUGGUUAUGCCAUCUAUGACAGUAAUCCAAGAAGGAGGAAACUCAGAACCAAGUGAGCCAACACCUGGAAAUGUAAGGAAAAGGAUAACCAAAAAAGACCCUAAGGUUCAAGCAAUCCAAAACACAGAUGCAGAGUGUGGCAAAAUAGCACAGAAAAGUACUGAGGCAAAGGGACAAGAUAUCACAAUUGAGAAACAGGAAGGUUGUUCUUGUUCUUCAGAAAAGACUGUAAGGACAUCUACACCUGGGCCAGAUCUGACUGCUUUGAAUAACUGUGAGAAGGAUGUAGGUCAGAUUUGCCAAACAGUUCCAGUCAAAUCACCAUCUGCAGAACCUACUGGGUCUAAACGGAGAAAAAGGCAGUCAUUAAGAGUAACCCCAGAAAAGACUGCAUUAAAAGACAGCUCAUGCCCAGAACAAGCACUAAAUACUGAAGUAUCUAGUAGAAACUCAGCAGAUAUCGAAGUUACAACAGAAAGCAGAAAGGACUAUAAAAACACUAGACAUAUAAAAACUGUAGAACAGGAAACUGCUGCUUCAAGUACUACUACAGUUGAGAGAAGUGCAGCAAAGCUUCCCCCAACUACUGGAAGCAGGUUAAGAAAAUCAACAAUUAUUGCCACAUGUUCUGCAUCUUUGGACACUUCACCCCUUAGUAACCAAAAGCAAGAAGAUAAACAUACCAAACAUACAGCUAAGAGGAGAUGGACAGCCAGUAAAUCUAAAAAUUCUGCUACAUCUAAAGAAGUUUCUGCCACAGCUACUGAGAAAGUUAUUUUAGAACCCCCUUCAGCUUACCCAAUAACUCCAUCUAGUCCACUGUAUGCCAAUACAGACAGUCUUACAGUUAUAACACCAACCAAGAAGAAACGAGGAAGACCAAAGAAGCAACCCUUGCUUACAGUUGAGACUAUUCAUGAGGGAACAUCGACUAGUCCAGUAAGCCCAAUCAACUGUGAGUUUCCUGGCACCAAAAAAAGGAAGCGGAGAAGAAAUUUUGCAAAGCUAGACCAGGUUAUGUUGGUUAAUGCAGAAUCAGCAAGUGACAUAAACCUUCAUAAAAAGAUUGGAAAGUUGGGAGUGCUGGAUAAAAAGGCCAUUAAAACCAUAAACAAAAUGAAGACUUUCAAUAGGAAAAAUAUUUUAAAUCAGAUUCUUUCCUGUUCCAGUGGAAUAGCUGUAAAAUCAAAAGUCCAACAACAGUCAAGUACAGGUACAGCUGUUUCAACAACAAUUGAUGUUAGAUCAGGUAAGCAAAUCAAUGUCAGCAAAAGGGGAACUAUUUACAUUGGGAAAAAGAGAGGAAGGAAACCAAGGACUGAAACUCAGCCCCAGCAGCAGGAACCCAAGAUAGCUAACAAACAAUCAAAGCCCAGUCCAAGCCAGCCAGAGAACCCAGCAGUGCCUUUUAAUUUGCAAACGGCUGUGGUGCCAUCACCAGCAACAGUUCAUCCACCCUCAACUCUGGUAGUGGGGUCCACUGGCAACCUCAGCCCUGCCAGCACUGACACAAAUGUGUCAGAGUUAAAGACUAUGCCAAAUUUGCAACCCAUCAGCGCACUUCCUACAAAAACCCAUAAGGGGUUACAUUGCGGUACAUGGAAGUUGUCUCCACCUAGGUUAAUGGCCAACUCCCCAUCUCAUCUGUGUGAAGUAAAUUCAUUAAAGGAGGUCACACUGUCACCAAUAAGUGAAUCACAUAGUGAGGAAACUAUACCCAGUGAUAGUGGAAUUGGCACAGAUAACAACAGUACAUCUGAUCAAGCAGAAAAGAGUUCUGAGUCUCGUAGGAGGUACUCUUUUGACUUCUGUACAUUAGAUCCUGCAGAAACCUUGAUAGCAGAUAGCAGCUUGAAGGGGAAACAUGGCCAUCGUCAGAAACAUCUAUUGGUAGAUAAUUUUCUGGCUCAUGAGAGCUUGAAAAGGCAAAAGCACAAAAGGAAAAGAAAAACCCAACAGAGUAGAGAUGAUCGUCAGUUCCUUUCUGAUCUUGAGGAACUCAUUAGCAAGUUUCAAGUCUUUAGAAUUUCUCACAGAAAUUACUCAUUUUAUCAUGAGAAUCCAUAUCCUAGCAUCUUCCGGGUAAAUUUUGACCACUAUUAUCCUGUGCCGUACAUACAGUAUGAUCCAUUACUUUAUCUCCGUAGGUCCUCUGAGAUGAAGUCUAAGAAGAAGCGUGGUAGACCUGCCAAAGUCAAUGACACCAUGACUAAGGUGCCUUUCUUACAAGGGUUUGGUUACCCUAUCCCUAGUGGGAGUUACUAUGCACCCUAUGGAAUGCCUUACACAUCAAUGCCUAUGAUGAACCUUGGCUAUUAUGGUCAGUAUCCAGCUCCUUUGUAUUUGUCACAUACGCUUGGAACAGCAUCACCAUUUAUGAGGCCAGCUGUGCCUCCACCACAGUUCCACCCCAGCUCUCAUCUGAAGAUGACAGCUGCCUCCAAGCAUAAAUCAAAACAUGCAUUACACUUGCAGACACCAGUGGGAAUGGGUCUGGGUGACAUUCAGCCAUCCUUGACUUCACCAAAAGUUGUAGGGACUGGCCUUUCAAGUGGUCGUCUCCAUAAAAGAAAGCAUAAACACAAGCACAAGCAUAAGGAUGCCCGGAUCUUGGGAUCUCCGGAAGAGCUGAAUACACUCUUUACUGGUAAGUCAUCCACUUUCUCCAGUCACUUAAGCGAAAGAUUAAGUGGCCUUGAAAAAGACGUGUCCAUGAUUAGUGACAAAUCCAAACAUAAAGAAAAACAAAAACACCAGCACUCAGAAUUAGCCCCAGCUGGGCACAGAAAUUUGAGGAACAGUUUUGAAGUGGAUACUUUAGCUCCUUUAUCACUUGCUGAUUCCCAACAGUGGGCACGGACUAAAGAAAAACUUGAUGCCAUUAGUGACUCUUUGGAAUCAUGUGUUAGGAGAGGCACUCACAAUGCUGAGGUGAGCUCAAGGUUAGAGCCGUCAUCAGAUUUGUUUAGUGAUAUGUAUCCUUCUGGUGAGAGGAGAGACAGUGAUGCCUCUGCAACAAAACGACGAAGUUUUGAAGGAUUUGGGACAUACAGAGAAAAGGAUAUUCCAACUUUCAGGUCAGGCAGAAGGGACAGAAGUGCACAUGAUGCCCUGUUGUCUUCAGAAUUCAGUGAAGCUUCCAAGUCUGAAGAUUAA